GCCCGAUGUGGGCGGCCGGGCUGUGGGGGGCUGCUUCGCCGGCUUCCUCGGCCGGCUGCAGGUCCAGGUCUCGGCCUUCCUCCGGCCCCUUCUCCGACCUCAUGGCGGGCGCCCCGGGGCAGGGGCCGGAGACGGUGACGGUCUGCUCGCCGUCGCCGCCGCUGAGCUGCAGCAAUUCCACCAUGUCACUGUUGUCUCCCCUUGGCCACCAGAGCUUCCCGUUUGACUACGACGAUGGCGACGGGGAGGAUGAGGAGGACGUGGAGGAAGAUGCUCAGGAUUUAGAAGCUAAGGUGGCGAACCUGAGAGGAGUGGAGUUACAGGGGUGCGUCAGCAGUGUGGUUGGGUCAGAAGAUAACCAAGAACAGAAACAGGUGUGCCUACCUGAAAGCCGCCUGACACCAUGGGAAGUGUGGUUUGUUGGCAAAGAAAAAGAAGAACGUGACCGUCUGCAACAGAAGGCUCUGGAGGAAUUAAAUCAACAGCUAGAAAAAAGAAAAGAAAUGGAAGAACGUGAAAAAAGAAAGGCAAUUGCUGAAGAAAAGCACAAGGAAUGGGUUCAGAAGAAGAAUGAACAGGAAAAAGAAAAACAACGGCAAGCUGAAUUACAGGAAAAAAAGGAAAUAGCAGAGAAAAAGUUUAAGGAAUGGUUGGAAAAUGCAAAAAAUAAACCUCGUCCAGCUGCAAAGGGCUAUGGUUAUGCCAACGGAAAACUUACAGAUUUUUACAGUGGAAAUUCUUAUCCAGAACCAGCCUUUUAUAACCCAAUUCCAUGGAGACCCAUUCAUAUGCCUCCUUCCAAAGAAGCUAAGGACCUAUCAGGAAAGAAGACUAAAAGGCCUGUAAUAAGUCAGCCACACAGGUCAUCGUCUCUGGUGGUUCAGAAAGCCAGAAACAAUCUUUGCCUUGGAACUCUGUGCAGAAUACAAAGAUAGCAGAUAUGGGAAAUUGCAUGCUUUUACCUGGAGCUAUUUAAUUUUAAAAUUAGAAUAGUUUUUUUACUGCUCAGGCAGCAGCUCAACAUUUGAUGUGAUUAUUAACAAGUUCAUGUUUUUGCAUUUGUAUAUGUUGUCCUUAGAGUUAAUUGAGGAAGAUGUUUUAUACAUUUUCAUUUUUAUAAGUGCUUCAAGGUAGAUCUUGGCAUAUUGUUUCACAGGAUAGGUGACUGGAUAUCUAACAAUUGUGUUUCUAUUUAGCUUGUAUUAAAACGACAUUGUAAUACCAGUAAAACCAACAAUUUGUAUGGUGUUCUUUCAUACUCUGUUUAUUUGUGUUUAUGUUUAUCAUAGUAAGAUUAAGCUUAAAUUGUUCAAAUAAGCUUUUGUAAACUGCAUGCUCAAAAUAACUCUUAGAAGAAUCUAAAUGGGUUAGACUUCUAGAGUAAUCAAACACAGUCUUCCUUGAUAGCUUUUGGUGUAUUUUUCCUUAUGUAUAUAUUUUUAAAUAACUAGAGGCAUGUUUUUUAUAACAAAGAAAUGAGGGUUGAGUUUUUGAAAGGGAAACUUAAAAGCAUUGUUAUAGGCUCUGGAUCUUAGGUUAACAUGUAGCAAUCUUGAGACACUAAUAGUAUUUUGCUAUACUUCGUACAAAUACUUAUACAUUCAUUAUAAUUAGGUAGUUAAUUUUGAAAUUAAGGUUAGCAGUACUAAAUUUUAAAAGCCUGUAUCUUU